AUGAUUUUCUCAUACGCUUCAUUGAUUCUAAUUCUUUUGCUGUCGACUUUUGUUAACACGCAAUCUCUUUCGGACGAAAUUAGUUCUCUCCCGCCAUGCUCGGAUAGCUGUCUCGAUACUGCUACAAGCACACUUGGAUGUAGUAUUGGUGAUUAUAGUUGUUUUUGUGCAGACGAAAGUGGAAACUCGACACAGAGUUCGACCGUAUCGAAUGCAACCACCUGUAUACAAGACUCAUGUAGUCUGAUUGAUGCUAGCACUACCUUGAAGGUUGUUGGCCAGAUUUGUGUCCUUAUUAAUGACCCCACAUCAUCCUCCUCGAGCUCUUCAUCAGUAACAUCAAGCGCCUUGAGCUCUUCCCCUACGUCAUCACAGAGUAGUAUAACUUCGAGUAGUGCAGUAUCAUCUACUUCGAUGGCCUCUACUUCAGCGACCGCGACUGCUACGCCAAUCGCACUAGCAAGCUCGCCGUCUAGUACACCGACGUCCUCCAAUGACUCUUCGGGUAAGGGUAUGAGUGAUGUCGCGAAGGCUAUGAUCGUUCUGGCCGUCGCGGCCUUGUUACUAAUACUCGCUGUCGGUGCAUGGCUAUUAUGGAGACGGAGAAGAAACCAGAAAAUCUCUUCAACAAGAGGGAAGUUCAAGAAUCUUGACGAGGAUGAAGAGAUGGGCAAGACGCCCGUGGAGCUUCAAGGAAAUGAUACCCAAAUUUUCAAGUGGGGAGGUAUUGGCGUUCGGAAAUCAUUCAGGGUCCACACGCAACGGAUCACUUCAUACAUGUCGCCAACCUCUCCGAAGAACAAAAACCGUGGUGAAUUUUGGGGAGAGCCACGAGGUCUCCUAUCGACAAUAGAUGAAAAUUUACGAGGAGUGAGACAAAUUCCCGAGCCAGUUGGUCGAAUUGAUACUACUCCUGUAAGGUGGCCUUCGACAUCCACAGCUAACUCCCCUACAUCUCCUGAGAUGAUCGAACCUAGAGGUGCUCUAUUCCCUCCUCAUCACUCUCGUAAUAAUUCCAGCACACGAGAAUCCUUGCCGCCCGUAUUACCAGCACUUGACCUACCUUCUAUAACUCUUUCGACAUCCUCUAGACCUAAUACUCCACAUCAAUCUCUACCUCGAACCCCUCCACCACCCGAAGUCCCAGUAAAGACCAUCGCUCGACUCGACGGACCAUUCUCAGAUUUCCCCCACAACAUGCCACCUUCACCCCGCACCGUCGGAAUCUCCUACGGUGCCCUAGCACGCUCCCUCUCCGUCGCCGAAACCCCCUCCUCUCCCCGCGCUCUCCAAACUCGCUCCCGCCACUCCAUCUCAUCCAUCCCCAACACCCCACGAACACCCACCACAACCAGCGAAUUCGCCUCGCCCACCUCUCCACCCCUGCAAUCCCCCUCGGCGCAAUCCUUCCACACCUUCGGCGCUCGCUACUCCACCCACUCCCAAGCCUCCGUCUCCACCUUCCAAACCUUCCCCAUCUCCCCCCAAGACAUAACCGAAGUUCCUCCUCUCCCCAACAUCCCCUCCAUCUACCCCACCUCAACAUCCCCAUCCCCAUCCGCAUACCCCUCCCUCCCCAACCAUCCUCAUCCCUCCUCCUCCUCCUCCUCCCACCCCUCAACCUACCACCACUCCAAACAAACCUCCAUCUCCAAAGCCAAACCCAAAAUGAUCUACCUCUCCCACCCCCCCGGCAUCCCCAUCAUCCCCCCCACCUCCAUCUUCUCCCCCCCCUCGCCCAUCCUCCGAUCUCCCCCCUCCAACAUUCCCUUCCUCACCCAACGCGAAGAAAAAUCCACCAAACCCAUCAUCUCCAUCAAACCCGUCAUCGACCGUUUCGAUACCCUCAGUUCCUGCGGCUCGCAAAGCAGCAGCGGGAAACCGAAUUUGAAACCCCAUGUGGAGGAAUUAUUUCAGGAGGGGCAGGAGAAGAAACGUUUUCAGGAACGGCAGGAGGAGAGGAGGAGGAUGAGGAAGGAGAGGACGAUGCAUGGACAGGGAAGUGGAGAUUUGGGGGAGAGGGUCACGAGUUGGUAUGAUGCUACUGGUUAG